UGAUAAUCGAGAAAGCGCCGUCAAAGUCCGUGAUCUCACGUGAUCUGUACAUCACUCUAUGAGGACAUGGGUUGUAUACGUGAAGGAAGAAAGGCAAAAGAAGACAACACCUCUCUUAUUUUGAGCUAGGUACCAGUGGGGGCGAACUACAGGAACGGUGAAUGCCGAGACUUCCAGGUCGGGCCGUGCAUGCUUUGCAAGGCGUCUUGUACGGAGGUACGUGCUGGGACUUAUCGCGUGCUUUGUAGCCAGCCCGCCGCUACUACUGGCAUGGGCAAGGAGCGGAGCCUUUUGCGCGAUAAAGUUCGGAUGACGGAUAUGCGCAGGUGACGAUGAAGAACAAGAGACGCUUGGACCCCGAGAUUGGCGUGGUUUUCCCUUCACGACGGAUCUCGGGAGAGUGGUAUGUUUCUGGUAGACGGGGGCGAUAAGAUUUUGUUUUGCAACAGUAGUCCGCCCGGCUUUCGGGGUGGGCUGAGGUCAUGCAUUCUGUCUGAGGCUUGGAGGCAUAGGUUACGCACAGAGACAGCAGGUACCAUUGUUGGUUCACAAAGUCGGGAUAAAAAAGUCGCUGUGUAAGCAGGUGUUCGCGGCGGCGGGCGUCAACCAAGCCUGGUGACUAUGCUCGAACACGGAAUGGGCUGGACGACUGAUUUCUGAACCGUCGAUGGACAGCCGGACGGAAAUAUGGAGGACGGCUGACGACACGGUGCUCGAUGCUGUCGUCGAAGUACGGCAACCAAGCGCAGGGCACAGCUGAGGCAAGGAAGCAGGAAAUCAGUCAGUCUUGCGGGAGACGACGAUCGGCAGCCUUGGGACAGAUGGCAAAUCAGCACAGAUGACUGGGAUCGAACAUGCACCAAAGAAGCCAUAUGGAGCGAGGGGCAGGUAGUACGGAUGCGUCGCCUAAACUACGGCUCGAAAGGAUUGGACGUUGGGUCUUGAAUCGAAUCUUCAUUACCAUCGGCCCAGGUCGGUGCCUUUUGGCGCUAGUCAGACGUUCCAUUUAUGGGCCGACAGGACCUUGUCUCGAUUCCUCUUCUGCGCCGGCGGGUUUUUCGUCUCCUUCGCGCGCCUUGUUUUUGGCCGUUCUGAGCGGCGGGGGAUUUUUGCACAGCAGCAGGCGGCGCGCGUGGCUGACGCUGAAGCUCGUCGCCGUCGUCGUCUGUUCGGGCGUGGUGUCGUGAAGAUGCUGGCCGUCUCUGCUGUCCAUAGGCGAUUAGCGCCAAGUGGCAGGGCAGAUUGCAACUUCUGGCACAUUUCUCCUUUGCGACCGACACACCGUCUCCCGGCCACGCAACAGACGCUCUCGGGUAAGUUAGGCUUUGUUCCAUACAUGUCCUACAUUUCCUGCAUCUGAUUUCUAUCGCCAUCUGGGAUCCACGGCCAAGCUUUCCCGCCCCUCCUGGCCCAGCGCGGCACGUCGGCCAAACGCUGCUGGCAGCCUCCGCUCAGCACAGCACAACACGUCGUUUCGCGCCGCGCCUGUUGGCUCACGUCGAUUCCCGCCCCUUCCGGUCCUGCGUCGAUGGCCCUCUGUCCUUUCGCGUCAUGCCUGACUGCCACUGACCUGAUUGUCGAUGGCUGAUGAUGUCCGUAGAUAGCCUCCAUUACCGCGCUGAACCAUGAAUGGCUGGCCUGUCCACAGCGAGUCCAAUGGCUUCGCGACCGACGGAACCUUCGACCCUUCGAUGCUAAACAACACGUCCAACCCGAAUCCAAAUCCGCAAUUCCAGAACCCCCCGUUCCAACAGCCGCGAUCGCAGACGCCCUCCUCGCAGUUCCCUUACACGCCUCAGCAGCUCGUUCCCUCCAAGCGGCCACGCGACGACGGCGCCGUCAACUCACCUCGACAGGCGCCAUCCAACAUAAGCCUGUCGCGAUCGCAGACUCCCCAGCAAGUCGUCAGCAACUUCCCUGGCGGCAACUUUCAGAAUCCUCAGCAGGGCCAGCCGCUGCCCAGCAAUUUCCAGCAUUUGCAGCAUGGAUCGAACAACGCGACGCCAUCACCUACCCUCUCCACCCAGCAGUACCGACCUCAGGCGCAACAGCCUCGGAUGGGAAUGUCGCCUCCUCCAGACGGAAGCGGACGCGGCACGCCUCAGAAUCUGAACCAGCCUCAGUUCACCAUGAAUGGUCAGAUGCCGGGCCAGAUGAGCGGUCCACAGAUGGGCAUGCCGCCCACCAUGGGCGCGCAAAUGCCUGGCCAGGCCUUCAACAUUCCCGGAACCUCGAUGCCUCCGGCGUUUAAUCAGAACUUCGCUGCCAUGCAGGGCAUGCCGGGUCAGAACCCUUACCAGCCGGUGCAACUUACCAACAACCUUGCGGCGCGACAAGCAGCCAUACAGCAGAUGAGCCUUGAACGACAGAGACAGAUGAUGCAAAGCCGCGCUGGCAUGAAUCCCAUGAUGUCGCCAGCUGCCGUCAAUCAGCCAAACAUGGGAACUCCAACCCGGCCGCAAGCGAACAUGGCGAACAUGCAAAAUCCACAGCGGGCAGCAGAAGAGCGCGCCUUUAUGGAAAAGAUUGCCAAGUACAUGCAACACGCUCAACAGCCGUUUGACCCUCACCCUACCAUAGCUGGACGACCUGUCAAUUUGUAUAUUCUCUUCCAGCUUAUCGUACGUGCUGGUUCGUCCAAACGCGUUACCCAAGCAAACCAGUGGCCUGCAGUAGCAAGGCAAAUUGGAAUUCCUCCUGAGCAAUAUCCAAACGUGGGAGUCGAACUUCAGCAGUUGUUCCAGCGAAAUCUUGGGCCAUGGGAAGCUGCUUACUACAACUCACAACAACAACGCAUGGCACAGAUGAAGCAGGCACAGAUGAGCGGCAUGCCUCAAGGACAGCAGAACAUGUCUCCGACUCGGCAGAUGCCUCAAAAUGUGCCACCAACCAAUCAGCCUGGAAAUCAAGCCUACAUGAACCAGCUUCGUAUGAACAUGCAGGGUCAACCAAGCCCAGCACCUGGACAGAUGACGCCGCAGCAAAAUAAUGCAUCUCUUCCCGCUACCAAUGGCUUUUCAACGCCGCAGUCGGAUCAAACGACCGCGCGACCUCCCUCCACUGUUGAUCAGCACCGCAAGAGUGCUAGUCGUCAUCUGGAUGGCUCUCCAGCUCAAGGGAAAGUAGGUGCAUUCGCUCCAACCCCACAACCAGUCAAAGCGCCAACAUCGAUGGAUGUUAAGGCAGUAAAUGGUGCCGCAGAACCACGGCCAACUCACUAUGUUCCUCACGUGGUGCCUCUUGACAGCCAUGGCGGCUACAUGCUUGGUGAGGCCAUUUUGACCAAAAAGCCUGCAGGGCUAGAUCGUCACCAACCAGUCGGUGAUAUGGCGGAGAUGUACAAAGAGCUAGCUCUGCACAAUGUUGACAUUCCAAGUCAUCUAGAUGUCGGUGUUGUUGACAUACAAGCAAUCACACUGAGCUUGCAAUCCGGGAUCAACGCCGAGGUGCGUUACGCCUUGGAUCUGCUAGGAAAACUUACAGAUGGUACUCUGCUCCCGAGAUAUCUGGAAUUACCGGAAUGUGGCGACCUGCUCGACGUGCUCAUAGACUGUGGUGAAGAUCAAGUCGAGUUCCUCAGUGACAAGUCGAAGAGAAUAGAGGGCUUGGAACAUGGGUCAUACGAGGAGAUCGCAAGAUUGGCCAAGCUUGAACUCCAAGAGGUGCAGGAUGUUCCCGAAGUCGGCAGCAAAAAAUACCAGAAGGAAAGAGCAGCAGAGCGAUUGCUUGCCGUCACUUCAAUUCUGCGAAACCUGUCCUUCCCUCGUAAUAUCAUGGACACGCGGAGAGACAAUUCACAUUUCCUCGCUGCUUCUCGCGCCGUCAAAUUCCUGUCGAACACAAUUGGCCUCCUUGCCACGCGCGUAGUAUCGCUUCAGUCAUCGCUUAACACUCAGGACUUCAUGAAGGACGUUAUCGUCUUCCUUUCAAACACUGCGAAAGAAAUCGUCCUCGACUCGCAAGAGGAUGCGUACAACUUUCUUCAAUUCAUUCUUGCCUUUGCGCCUGGGCCAAUUCCGACUGAGACGAAUCCGUUCCGUUUUGCAAGCUAUAAGCCAUCUGUGCACAAGUAUUACCCUACGGCGAUCGACGUAUUUGCGAAGCUCCUUGCUAGGGAUGACCCAAAUAGAACAUUUUUUAAGCAGAUCUUUGUGGAUGUCUCCGACCAUGAGGAUGAGGACGAAUCCGAUUUGCCAGUACAUCAGAAAUACGACCUUCUAACUCGCGCUUUUGGUAUGGCUAUAGCUGUCGUACCCGAUGUCAGUGGACAUGAGCGCAAGCCGAUUAACCGUAUGGACGAAGAAAUUUUGGCAAUUGCUCAAGCGCGAAAACCGACCCUUUCACAGGGUAUGCUUACUGCCGACAUUCUCUCUAUGCUUAUCCCAUCCUCUGAUCCAGGACUCGCCAAGUCUUGGCUUCGAAGUCAAGAUUCAUGGGCCACUGUGCUUUUUAGAGUCAUCUCAGAAUUGGCGGAGCAUGACGGAGCAAGAGAGCUAGUGUUCCGGAACCAGAACGGUGGUCAAGUGCCACCACAACUAUAUCGUGAUGAAGCCUUCCUGCAGACCGUCUUUGUAAACAUCGUUUCACGAGGCAUGUCAAUGCUCAAGCGUCUUGCAAAGAAGGCGCUCGAAGACUCGUCGCUGUCAGCGAAGGAGACAUCUAAGGACAGUAUCGAAAUGAAGAAAGUCAAUGGUGUAUCUGCUUCUGAUGAUAUCGAGGAAACAGCUGGGCACAAUGCAACCAAAGAGAAAGAGAGCCUACUCGAUGACCUGUCCGACAUGGAGAGAUCACCAACAGUCGACUUCCUACCUCUUUCCGACUCGAUCUUCUACGGCAUUUUUGCGAACACCAAGGAGUUAACGAGCGGGGUAAUUGCCGAUUACAUUGCAUUGGGUGAGAUAUUGCAUUGAAAAUCACGGCACUUGUAUUUAUGUUUCAAAAGAUUUUUUUAACACCUUGAAUACGGCGUCUUCAUAGCAAUGAUGAAUGGAGAAAAGGACUUGACUCCCGUUGCAUAUGAACUAUGUUAUUUGGCGUCGCUGUUAACAGUAUCUGCUGUUGGUUGGGUUCUGGAAAAGUGCCAUCUUCAAAUCCCCUUUUAGCAGGAGAGCUUGGAUUGAAAAUUGAACAACGGGUUCAUAUGGUGAUGAAAUGAAGAUGCGCAAGACCUUUAUCUCCUGUUCAUCAGCGAGUAAUUACCAGUUUCUGUAUUGAAUCUUCAACUUCAAGCUCUUGAUACACUCAAAUGUCUACGUACGAUUUGCGCAUCAUCAGAUCAUCAUGAAGUAUUACGGUGCAUGGUUUGCUCGCCUGUUGAAUGUAGCUUUC